AUGAAUCAUAUCCCAAUCCUUCUUCUCCUCUUCCUAUCUUCAUGCUCCGCAGGUGUCUUCCAAUUGCAAACCCUCAAAUCCCCUUCCUUCCGCUCCAAGCUCAUUUCCGAGGGUAGAUAUGCUCAUUUCCUUGCCAAUCAACAGCUUGCCACUGGCUCUCAACCCUUCAUCGACUUUUAUGACGAUUUUUACCUAGGAAACAUCACUCUAGGCACCCCACCCCAGGCAGCUACCGUAAUCCUGGAUACUGGCUCUUCAAAUCUUUGGGUAAUCGAUGCCGAUUGCAUUGAAUGUGAAGGAUUCGCGUAUACUAGACAUCCAUUCAACACUAAUAAGUCUUCAACAUUUGAAAAUGAGGCUAGAAAAUUCUCAAUACAGUAUUCUUCGGGAGCAGUUGGGGGAUUCAUUGGGAGGGAUACAAUUACCAUCGGAGGAAACCUUAAAAUCUGGUUUCAAGCAUUCGGUGUAGCUGAUCAGAUUGCAGAUGUCUUCCAGUAUCAGCCAAUCGAUGGAAUUCUAGGGUUGGCAUGGCCCGCGCUAGCCGUUGAUCAGUUAACACCCCCCAUGCAGAAUCUUCUUCCUCAAUUGGAUUCGAAACUUUUUAGUGUGUAUUUGGAGAGAAAGGUGAUACCGGCUCAUGGAGAACCGGGAGGACUUAUCACUUUUGGAACAAUUGAUACGGUUAAUUGUGCUGCUGAAGUUGAUUGGGUGCCCUUGACAGCGUUGAGUUAUUGGCAAUUUGCGAUUGAUGGAUUUUCGAUGGGGAGUUUUACGCAAGUGAAGAAGGCUCAGGCAAUUUCAGACACUGGGACCUCUUGGCUAGGUGUCCCAACCAGUGUCUUGUCCCAAAUCGUCAAACAAACGAAAGCAGUAUACGAUACCAUUAAUCACCUUUAUAUAGUGCCUUGCUCAACCACAUAUUUUCAUCCGGACCUCAUUUUUACAAUUGGAACAAAGAAAUUCAUUGUCAAAUCGGUGGAAUUUGUGUUGGAUGUGCAAUUGGGACGAGGAAAUUGUGCUUUGGCGAUUUUUGGGAUGAGCAAUGGAGGAUUCGGACCGUCUUGGAUAUUUGGAAAUGUUUUUAUAAGGGAAUACUGUAAUAUUUAUGAUAUUGAACAUGCGAGAAUUGGAUUUGCCAAAGCCAGACAGGCUUUUUGA